GGAUACUUCGGGGGCGUGGCGGAAGUGAGGGAGCGGGUGGCGGCGCUACGGUGGCCGGGAGGAGGCCGGUGGGAGACGGUGUCCGCCCGCCGCGGAGGGCCCCCGCGCAUGAGGCGGCCUCGUGAUGAGCUCUAAGGCCAAACGGGUGCUGCCCACCCGGCCCGAGCCCCCCAGCGUGGAGCAGAUCCUGGCCGACGUACGGGGCACCCACCCGGCCGACCCCGUCUUCCUCCUCCCUGCGGAGCCUCAGCGGGAGCACGGCCUGUCCCCAGGCCCCGCUGCGGAGGAGAGGGAGCGGCUGUACCGGCAGAGCCGCUCCUACGUGGAGAUGAACCAGUGGCUGCAGGAGUCCCGGGAGCGCCUGCAGGAGCAGCGCCAGGAGCUGCGGCGGGCGGGCGCGGCGCUGGAGCGCGGCAUUGCCGAAAUGAGGCAGAAAGCUUUCUGAGGUGCUGCUGCUCCAGGCUCUGCAGGUGCUGGAGCAUCGCCCUAGGCUGUGGCGGGUGCUUCGGCACGUCGCGCCCUUGCAGUUUCGUCUACCUAAUUGGGGAGAGGGAAGCCAUUUGUGUUUGGUUUAUGGGAGGAUCUGGCAUUGCUGCAGCUUGCCAGCACAUCACCGGCGCAGAGGGCUGGAGCUUUGCCCCCUUGGCAGCCUGACCUUUCCCCAGGGAGUGGUGGGACCUGCUGUCCAUGCCAGUCUCCUGAGGCAGGAGGAAAGGCUCAGACCUUGUAUUGCCCCUGCUGCCCAUGAGCUCGAUGCCCUUGUCUCCAGAGGGUGGCAUGUCCUCUGCACCCUCAUGCUGUGGCUUCACCUAUGACUUUUCCCUCUGGUACUGCCCUGAAGAUGACCACAUCGCCUCCCGCAUCUCUGAGCGCUUGAAGAAAGAGGGUUUUCGGGGCUAUGCAGAGCACCAGGACCAUGUGGCCGGGAUGCCCGUCGUCCUGGCUGCCACGAAGGUCAUCGAGGCCAGCCGGGUCGCCAUCCUCCUCCUCUCUGCCAAGUCCCUGAGUGACCCAUGGUGCCAGCGUGUUUCCCAGUGGAACCUGUGUCACAUCAUUCACUGCCAUGGGACCAAAGUGAUCCCUGUGUGUGUGGGUGUGAAGAAAGCCGAGGUGCCCCCCUUCCUGCAGCACCUCACUGAGCUCGAGUACCAGACCGAGUUCUUCUUCGACAGGCUUGUGGGCAGUCUGAGAACAUCCCGCUUGGCAGCAAGAAGAGCCCGGCGAGCCCUGCCCUCCAAAGAGAAGAGAUGAGGGACUAUGGGUGGCUGAGGGCUGUUUUUGCAGCCUGGUUGGGAGCUGAUAGCCCUGCAGUGAUGAUGGUGGAAGCAGGGUUGUUCUGUACUGAUAGUAAAGGUGGUGGGAAGAGGGAUUGUCACAAAUCUCAUUAAAAACCCUUCUCCAAGGACUGAAGAUGUGA